AUGUUGAACAGCAUCCUACCAUUCACUCCUGAAGCAGCCGAGAAGGUGAGCGGAUAUUGUAUAGAACACACGAAUGGCGUUCCCAAGAUGAUGGAAGAGGUAUGGGAGUAUACCGCGAAGUCAUUCAAAGAGGCAGAUAAAAUGUCUUCCCCAUUACAGGGCUCAUGGAUGAUCUUCUUAGCUCAAGAUCGUAAAGCAAAGAGAAUCCUCGAUAUAGGGACAUUUUCCGGAUACAGCGCCUUAGCUUGGUAUGAAGGCACAAGAGAAACUCAUGCAGAAAUCAUCACCUUGGAGGUUAGCCCAGAAAUGAUUGCUGUGGCGCGAGGAGUCUUCGACAAGUACAAUGUCAACGACAGGAUUACAUUAAUCGAGGGCCCAGCGGCGGAAUCACUCGAAAAGUUGACGGGUUCUUUCGAUCUAAUCUUUGUCGAUGCCAACAAGGAUGGUUACGAAGGUUAUGUCAAUACCAUUCUCGACCGAAACCUCCUUUCACAAGAUGGCCUUAUCAUGUGUGACAAUGUGUUUGCUCGUGGGAUGACGAUCUCAACAUCGUCCAAUCCAAUCCUUGCUGGUUCUAGUCGUUCAUACUGGACGGAAUGCGGCAAGGCCCUGAGACAAUUCAAUGCUGCUGUUAACCAGGACCCAAGGAUUGACGUGGUGAUGCUGCCUGUGUUUGAUGGCGUGAGCUUGAUUAAGCUGAAAAACCAAACCGCGGAGCCAGAAGCAAACGGACGCAAUACCACAGCCUCUAAUGGAACAAACCCAAUAUGA